AUGUUUUGGUGGUUGGCUCAUUCGCAAUGGGGUAGGGCAGCUUCUGAGUACGGUUCCAUGGAUGUCCUGCAGAUUGCCCCUGUCAGUGCCACCGCAACCAACUCAAAAAGGAAGGAAAGGUGUCAAAUCAGAAUCCUCAGGAUGAGCCAGCUUCUAUGCCUCGUCACCAUCGACCGCUCCGGCCGAACAACGACAACCGGAUAUCCAACCACGAGAUCUGGUGAGUUCCACGUUGCGUGA